GUGAGGGAUUCUGGGUAAUGUCACCAUGGAGAUCAUCUACCUGCUGGCUGGAGAGGUGAGGGAUUCUGGGUAAUGUCAGCCUGGAGAUCAUCUACCUGCUGACUGGAGAGGUGAUGGAUUCUGGGUAAUGUCACCAUGGAGAUCAUCUACCUGCUGACUGGAGAGGUGAGGGAUUCUGGGUAAUGUCAGUAUGGAGAUCAUCUACCUGCUGACUGGAGAGGUGAGGGAUUCUGGGUAAUGUCAUAUGGAGAUCAUCUACCUGCUGACUGGAGAGGUGAGGGAUUCUGGGUAAUGUCAUUAUGGAGAUCAUCUACCUGCUGACUGGAGAGGUGAGGGAUUCUGGGUAAUGUCAGUAUGGAGAUCAUCUACCUGCUGGCUGGAGAGGUGAGGGAUUCUGGGUAAUGUCAGUAUGGAGAUCAUCUACCUGCUGACUGGAGAGGUGAGGGAUUCUGGGUAAUGUCACCAUGGAGAUCAUCUACCUGCUGGCUGGAGAGGUGAGGGAUUCUGGGUAAUGUCAGCCUGGAGAUCAUCUACCUGCUGACUGGAGAGGAUCAUGUGUUUGUGAAGAAAUCCAGUGACUGUGUGUUAGGAGGAUCUGACAGCACCCACAGCACCGUGCCUCCACCUCGCUCACUGCUACAAAUGAGAAACAAUGAGCAGAAGGUCCUGAAACUGACCAAUAAGAUCAUCCACCUCCUGACUGGAGAGGUUUGGCAGUAUUUAGAUGGACACAAGGAAUCUCACAGUGAUGUGAUAUUGGAGAACCGUCAGUCAGUCAGCUCACUGGAUUUGUCUAAAGCCAAGAUGUCUUCUGUAACAUUUCAAACUCCCAUUUCUUCACCAUCGAAUCUAAACGAAGAAGACCGUAUAUCUGAAAGUAAUUCAGCAGAUUUCUCAACAAUUUCUAAUCCAUGUUCCGGAAAUUGUAAAAGGGAAAUUUCGGACUCAUUUGUACACCGCGUUAAAGGAAAUUUCACAGAUAUUGAAAUGUAUGCGGCGUCAGACCACACACAGACAGAGUAUCCAUCUACUGAUAUUAAAGAUGAAUCGGCAUCACGUGAGGAAAGAAAUCUCACAGACACUGACAUUUACACACCCACAGAACAUACACAGACACAAUAUCCAUUUAGUAAUAUCAAAGAAGACCCAGCCUCAAGUGAAGAAGGAAAUAUCACAAAUAUUUAUAAACAGACAGAAUAUCCAUCAGAUACAGUUAAUGAGGAACAGGCCUCGUAUGAAAUAGGGAACCUCACAGAAACUGUCGUUUAUAGACCAACUGAACAAACACAGACGGAAUAUACAUCUACUAAUGUUAACGAGGAACCAGAAAGAAAUCUCGCAGAUACAGACAUUUAUACACGUGCAGGACACAUAAAAAAAGAAUAUACUCUGCCUUAUACUACAGAAGAUUCAGUCUUAUUGGAAGAAGAAAUUAUCACAGAACAAACACAGACUCAAGAUAAGCAAAUGGCCUCAAGUACAUUUUGUAUUCCACAUGUUAUGACUUACACAAGAGAACAAUCCUUUGAAGAUUCAGACUGUGAAAAUAGUCCCUCGAAGAACCCACAAAUUGCUAUAUGUAAAACUGUUCAUACAGGCCAAAAAGCAUUCUCCUGUCCUGAAUGUGAGAAAUGCUUUAGCUCGAUACCAAUUCUUGAGAGACACCAACGAGUACACACAGGAGAGAAACCUUUCUCAUGUUCCGAAUGUGAGAAAAGCUUUUGCUUUAAACCUCAUCUUGUAAAACAUCAAAAAAUUCACACAGGAUUGAAACCAUAUACGUGUACUGAAUGUGGGAAACGUUUUGCUGAAAAGGGUUCUCUUUCUAGCCACCUUCGAGUUCAUACAGGAGAUAAGCCGUAUGCAUGUACUGAAUGUGGAAAAUUUUUCCAAACCCAAUCAAAUCUUUCAAGACACAGACACAUCCAUGAAGGACAAAAACCAUAUUCCUGCUCUGAAUGUGGGAAACAUUUUGCCCAUAAAUCUUACCUCAAGCAGCACUUUCGGAUGCACAUAGGAGGCAAACCAUAUUUAUGCACAGAAUGUGGAAAAGGCUUUCAAUAUCAAACAAAUCUCAUAAGACACAGAAGAAUACACACAGGAGAGAAGCCAUACUGUUGUACUGAGUGUGGCAGGUGUUUUAGACAGAAGGCACAUCUUGAGAUACAUCAAACGCAGCACACUGGGAACAGGCCAUAUUCCUGUUCUGAAUGUUUAAAAUGUUUUACACGCAAAUCUCAUCUUCUGGUGCAUCAAAAAAUUCACUUGCAGUUGAAGCAGUAAUGUUUGUGCGAAGAGAAGGAAUGUUUUGACCAGAGCUCACCUGGUCAUUUGUUGGCAGACACUCAGGAAAUGAUCUCUUAUCCUUUAAUAUGUAUUUCCCAUUAAGAGAUAAGGUGAUUUUCUUCUGGGAGGAAAAUCAAAUUGAAUGUAUAUGUGAUCCGGACAGUGGGCUGAAAAGAUUGCAAGAGAAAGCUGCUAGUAUCCAUAUAAAAACUAAAAAGUUUGGUUAUCAAAAAGCAGAAUGCCUACAACAGUAAAUCAAUUUUUGAAAGGUAAA